GCCGCCAUGGGCUUCGGGCUGCAGCUCGGCUGCCCGGAGGGCCACAGCGCCCUGCUGCAGCUGCAGGAGGCGGAGCUGCGCCUGCUGGAGGGGCUGCGCAAGUGGAUGGCGCAGCGAGCCAAGAGCGACCGGGAGUACGCGGCGCUGCUGCACCAGAUGCACUGCCUGGCCGGCAAGCAGGAGGGCGGCGCGCAGCCCAGCGGCGGCUGCCAGAUCAGCCAGGUAGGCGAGUGUUGGUGGUCGUUGGUGACCCAAACAGAGGCACUGAGCCAGAUACUGCAGCGCCACGCAGAAGCCCUGGUCUCUGGGCCCCUGAACAAGAUGGGCCUGCUCAUUCGUGACAAGCAGCUGCUGCGCCGGAGCUACAGCGAGCAGUGGCAGCAAAUGAACCAGGAUUUCGUCCAGACCACCCAGCAAGAGCCUGAGCGCCUGAAGGCCCAGUACCGCACCCACGUCCGGGAGAGCUCCCAGGCCAAGCGCAAAUACCAGGAGGCCACCAAAGAAAAGGAACGCGAGAAGGCCAAAGACAAGUAUGUCCGGAGCCUCUGGAAGCUCUACUCUCUGCACAACCAGUAUGUGCUGGCUCUGAAGGCUGCUGAAGUGCAGCACACGACCCAUUACCAGCAGACCCUGCCUGGGGCGCUCCAGUCCUUACACAGCCUGCACCUGGAGAUGGCCCACAUCACAAAAGGCACCUUGCAGGAGUACGCCAGCAUCACCAGCCUGGUGCAGGAAGAGAUGGUGACCGUGCACCAAGCCAUGGGCCGGGCCAUUGAACGCCUCCAGCCGGCCGCAGAAUACAAAGGCUUCUUCCCCCAGUGCAGGUGUGGGAGUGAGCCCCCAGUCGUGGCGACCUUUGACAAGACUCUGCUGGAGGAGCUGCAGACAGAGGGCCUGCGAGCAGGCGAGCUGCAGCUGAAUGAGCUCACCCUGGAGAGCAUGCAGCACACCCUUACGUCACUGGAAGAGGAGCUGGCUGGUGCCACCGAGAGCAGCAGGAGUCACCAGCAGCGUGUCCAGACCUUGGCGGCUGAGAUCCAGAAUGCAGAGGUGGCCGGAGGCCCUGGAGAGCGCAUCGCGCUGCUGGGGAAGCGUCAGGCCCUCCACGAAGCCCGGCACCUCUUCCAGCUCGCCCAGGGCGCACAGGACAAGCUCCAGGCCCAGAGGGAUUUGCUCCGGCACAAGCUGGAUGAAUUGGGAUCCAGGGACCCUCCCCCUGCCGCAGCCCUGCAGGAGGAGGGUCUGUCCCCGUCUCCUGAGGGGCAGCAAGAGCAUGAUGGAGGCCGCCUGCCUGCCCUGGAGGCCCUGAGACACCACCUCACUGGCAUCUUCCGCCCACGCCUGUCCCUGCCGCCCCCGGUGCCCCUCCUGCCCGAGGUGCAGAAGCCGCUGGGCCAGCAAGCCUGGUAUCACGGAGCCAUCCCCCGCGUGGAGGUCCAGAGGCUGUUGCGGACCGCGGGGGACUUCCUGGUCCGGGAGAGCCAAGGCAAGCAGGAGUAUGUGCUCUCGGUGCUGUGGGAUGGGCAGCCCAGGCACUUCAUUCUGCAGGCGGCUGACAACCUGUAUCGCCUGGAGGGUGAAGCUUUUCCCAGCAUCCCACGGCUCGUUGACCAUUUCUUGAAGUCCAAGCAGCCCAUCACGAAGAAGACGGGCAUCAUCCUGGUGAAGCCUGUCAUGAAGGACAAGUGGGCGUUGGACCACGAGGAUGUGCUGCUUGGACAGCGUAUAGGGCAGGGCAACUUUGGAGAGGUAUUCAGUGGGCGCUUGCGUUGCGACAACACUCCAGUGGCCGUGAAGUCCUGCCGUGAAACUCUCCCACCAGAGCUCAAAGUCAGAUUCCUGCAGGAGGCCAGGAUAUUGAAGCAGUACAGCCACCCCAAUAUUGUCCGGCUCAUUGGCGUUUGCACCCAGAAACAUCCCAUUUACAUUGUCAUGGAGCUAGUCCAGGGGGGUGACUUCCUGACCUUCUUGCGAAAUGAGGGAGCUCAGCUCGGAUCCAAGGCGCUUCUGAAGAUGAUGGAGAAUGCUGCCGCAGGGAUGGCAUACCUGGCCAGCAAGCACUGCAUCCACCGGGACCUGGCAGCGCGGAACUGCCUUGUGACAGAGAAGAACACUCUGAAGAUCAGCGACUUUGGGAUGUCACGGGAACAGGAGGAUGGCAUUUACUCCUCCACGGGCAGCAUGAAACAGAUCCCUGUGAAGUGGACAGCCCCAGAGGCACUCACUUACGGCCGGUACUCCUCAGAAAGUGAUGUCUGGAGCUUUGGGAUCCUGAUGUGGGAAGCCUUCAGUCUGGGUGCUACGCCGUACCCCAAUAUGAGCAACCAGCAGACCCGUGAGGCUGUAGAGAAGGGAAUCCACCUGAGCAUCCCGGACCAAUGCCCUGCAGAGGUGUACCAGCUCAUGUUGAGGUGCUGGGAAUACGAGCCAGAGAGCCGACCGAACUUUAACACCCUCCACCAAGAGCUGGUUGUUAUUCAGAAGCGGCAGCAGUGAGACGCCGAUCUCCAAGAGCGCUGGCUAGCCCUCUUUCGCCCAGGAUGGAGCUGCCUGCCCCCCGCCAAGGGCUGCGUCCACAAACCAGGCCUUUGCCCUUUGCUUUUGGCAUGUCCUUCUGGUCAUACGGACCUUGUCCUAGUCUCCAGGUAGUCCGUCUCCCCGAAGUCUGUCCAACAUUUCCAGCUGUGGUGGCCAGAACAACCCCAAAGCCCAGGCUCCAAACUCAGCUGUAUCUGUUUUCUCUGUAAUUGAAUACCACUGUAAUAA